ACCGCCUCUUAUCUUCUACAUUCACAUUUUGGUCAUUUAGCAGAUGCUCUUAUCCAGAGCCACUCACAGUUGGUGCAUUCAACUAAGCAUUUCAGAGACCCAAGACGAGAGAAUGGGGAAUGAGAGCAAUACAUCUUGCGACAACAUAGAUGACAAUGUCAUACCUAAAUCAUACAGAUAUGCAUUGCUGUCAAUAUACACUAUAGUGCUUAUUGGAGGGAUCAUCAGCAUGUCCCUCAUGAUCAACAACAUCAAGUUCAACGCCUGCUCGGUGACCACCACAGCCGUCUUGAACCUGAUCAUGGUCCACAUCCUCUUUCUCCUGACUGUGCCCUUCCGCCUCUAUUUCUAUGCGGCCGGCGAGUGGCAUCUCGGUCCUAACUUCUGCAAGGUGGUCAGUGCCAUGAUCCUCGCUCACAUGUACCUAGCCUUUAUCUUCUACGUGAUAAUUCUGGUGAUCCGCUAUCACGACUUCUUCAGGAGUUCUAAGCAGGUGUUCUACAGGAGGCUACAUGCCGUGGGGGCCAGUGCUGCAGUCUGGGGCCUCAUUCUAAUUGUGGUGGUCCCUUUAACUGCUGUGAAAUAUGGAUCAUCUACAGACAGUAACACAACCACCAGUGACAAUCAGUGCUUUAACUUUGGAGGGGUUUUUGAUGAGGAACAUGCUGUAGCUGUGCUGAACUACAUCCUCAGUGCUCUCAUCAUCAUACUUACAUUAGCCCUGGGCUGUUGUCAGAUGUGUAUUCUGUGGUGUGUGUACAGAACUCACAGGGCGAUGAUCUUCUCGCAACAGGAGUUUUGGGCUCAGAUCAAAAGUAUUUUCUUUAUGCUGGUCAUUAUAGUAUGCUUUGUUCCAUACAAUGCAUUCAGGAUUUACUAUGUGAGUAAUUUUAAUGCCAAUCUCCAGGUAAAGAAUGAGAUUGCUCUCGCCGUCACAACAUUCAGCUGCUUUGACAUGCUGACUUUUAUAGGGAGAGGGUCGUUCAGACCCUGUGAUACAAUAUGCUGUGUACCAUGAUUAUCAAUGCUGAUUAUUGAGUCAAAUAUUAUUCUAUUUGCACCUUAUUUGCACCAUGUUAACCAAAUGUACAAAACUACAGUGCAUAAAACAUUAGGAACACCUGCUCUUUCCAUGACAUAGACUGACCAGGUGAAUCCAGGUGAAAGCUAUGAUCCCUUAUUGAUGUCACCUGUUAAAUCCACUUCAAUCAGUGUAGAUGCAGGGGAGGAGACAGGUUAAAGAAAUAUGUUCAAGCCUUGAGACAUGAAUUGUGUCUGUGUGCCAUUCAGAGGGUGAAUGGGCAAGACAAACUAUUUAAGUGCUUUUGAAUGGGGUAUGGUGGUAGGUGCCAGGCGCACCGGUUCGAGUGUGUCAAGAACUGCAACGCUGCUGGGUUUUUCACGCUCAACAGUUUCCUGUGUGUAUCAAGAAUGGCCCACCAUCCAAAGGACAUCCAGUCAACUUAACACAACUUUUGGAAGUAUUGGAGUCAACAUGAGCCAGCACCCCUGUGGAACGCUUGCGACACCUUGUGGUCGAUGCCCAACGAGUUGAGGCUGUUCUGAGGGCAAAAGGGGGUGCAACUCAAUAUUAGGAAGGUGUUCCUAAUGUUCUGUACACUCAGUGCAUAUACUUUGAUAUCCUUCAAAGUGAGAGUUAUAACUCUUCUCAAAGGUAAAUUACUCAUUAUAGCACUUUCCUAAGUAGGAUAUGAUAAUGCCAUUUAGCAGAUGUUUUUAUCCAAAGCGACUUACAGACAUGUGUGCAUACAUUUUACAUAUUGGUUGUCCCUGGAAUUGAACCCACCAUCUUGGCAUUGUGGACACCAUGCUCUACAAACUGAUCAAAUCUGAAAAGACAAGAAAACAAACAGUGGAACUGUGUUUAUUGUUAACUCAACUCCACAUUGAUGGGUUUGUACAUGUUAGCUAAACUGAUUCCUAAAUAACCACUCACCUAGUGUGUCAUACUGUUACAUUUACAUCUAUUUCAUGCUAAUUUUGUAACAUACUGUAACAUGUAACAUGUAACAUGUAACAUGUUGAUAAAUCAUGCAAUCUUUAUAUUUUUUACAACUACAUUUUCAAUUGAAUCAUAUCUUUGAUUAAAAUGUUCCUCUUUGUUUGUUCAAUGUUUCUUGUGUUCACAGUUCCCUCCCUUUUGGGAAGACAUGUCCAUAUUAUUUAGAAAGGAAUAAUAUAAUUAAGCAAUAAGGCCAUAGGGGUUCGGUAUAUGGCUAAUAUACCAUGGCUAAGGGCUGUUCUUGUGCACAACGUAACAUGGAAUGCUUGGAUACAGACCUUAGCCAUGGUAUAUAGGCCAUAUACCACAAAUCCCUGAGGUGCCUUAUUGCCAUUAUAAGCUGGAUACCAAUGUAAUUAGAGCAGUAAAAAAAAUGUCUGAUAUACCAUGGCUGUCAACCAAUCAGCAUUCAUGGCUUGAACUACCCAGUUUAUAAUAAGAAUGAAUCUACAUCGAAUGACUGCAAUUAGUGCAGAAUCACAUUAGUGGAAACCAAGUCUGUUCUCAGGGCAGGCAUGGAUGUAGAUAAAUAUGUUUGAGUGGCGUUGAGACUAUUUUUGCAUUUUAGCUAACCCUUUCCUAACCUUAACCUAAUUCUCCUAAACCCGCCACGUUAAUUAUCCUAAUUAUGCAUGUUCUCCUAACCUGCUGCGAAAAGUUACUUAUGCUAGUCAAAACCGGCAGACCUGCCGUGAGAACAGUCUUGGUUUCCAUUAAUGCGAUACUGCUCAAUCAUUGAAAACGCUCAUCAGCUACAUUUUAAAGCAUUACAUAGCAGGAGUAGGCAUGCACAGUUCAUAAUGGGCGGCAGGGUAGCCUACUUGUUGGACUUGGACUUGUAACCGGAAGGUUGUGAGUUCAAACCCCCGAGCUGACAAGGUACAAAUCUGUCGUUCUGCCCCUGAACAGGCAGUUAACCAACCCACUGUUAAAUAAAGGUCAAAUUAAAAAUUAAAUUAAAUUUAAAAAAUGAAGUGUUGCUUAGCUUCAACAACAGCACUGCAAACUGUUACACUAACUUGCCAUAAAGUAUUGGUUGCUGCAUCUGUGGUCGACAUCAAUAGUGAUACAGUCUCGGUUGAAAAAUACAACUCCAAACAAAGCACACAAAAUGUAUAAAAUAGUGAAAGUACAUUGCAGAAGUGUAUAAAGAAACACUGCACAAAUUAGGAUGCUGACCUAAAUAAUGCCGAUAUCAGACGUUUUACAUCCAAGGCAGCGGUGUUCAACAUAAACCUGUGAUCAGUGAUAUAUAUUGUAUAACAUAUGCACUUAUUUUAGGGUCCAAACAAUAAAAAUGGGUCCCUGUCUGGAUAUUGUUUCUGAAGGAAGUAGGAGAUCACAAUUACUGAACUCCUUUGACGCUACAGCAACCCCAUUUACUACAGGCCAAUUGUACAAUCUACUACCUGGAGUUUAUUUGCUUACUUACAGGCUCUAACCAACAGUGCAAAAAGGUAUUAUGUGAACAAUAGGUAAGUAAAUAAAUAAAAACAACAGUAAUAUGACAGUGAAAAAUAACAGUAGCGAGGCUAUAUACAGUAGCGAGGCUAUAACAGUAGAGAGGCUGCAUACAGGCACCGGUUAGUCGGGCUGAUUGAAGUGGUAUGUCUAUGUAGAUAUGGUUAAAGUGACUAUGCAUAUAUGAUGAAGUGAGAGUAGCAAUAGCGGAAAACAGGGGUUGGCGGGUGGCGGGACACAAUGCAGGUAGCCCGGUUAUCCAAUGUGCGGAGGCACUAGUUGGUCAGGCCAAUUGAGGUAGUAUGUACAUGAAUGUAUAGUUCAAGUGACUAUGCAUACUGUAUAUGAUAAACAGAGAGUAGAAGCAGCAUGA